AUGUCUUCACGCGAGGCCAAUGGCAACGGACCUGAUGAGCGUGAGACGAACUUGAAACUCGUGUACGAACAGGUGUAUCGCUCAAUUCAACGGUCCACGGAAGAGGCCACUAAGAUCCGGCACGAGGUUCAGGAGUUGGAAAGCUUCUGCCGGAAGGGCUACAUUCCACCCAUCUACGAUGCCUAUGCGGCCUCGCAGCAGGAGAUCCAAAAGAUGAAGGAGCCGGGAGUCCAGGUGCUCCCUGAAGGAGUCCAGGAAGAGAAGCAGCUCAAUGUCCCUAUGCCGCCAGCACCACAGGUGAUCGAAAUCCCACAGCUGCCGCUCUCGUGCUUGCAGGGCGAUCAAGAGGUGGUCCCAAAGUACUUGGAGGGCUUGGGCAGCUCGAGUUCCAGCGGCUCGAGUUUGGGCGCCCAGCGGCGAUGCACGAAGGCGCCGUCGGCGAAGGCCAAGGCCAAGGCGGUGCCCAUCGGCUUGGCCACGGCGCCGGCGGCCUUGGUGAAGCCCGGGAACUGGGCACAG